AUGCACAUCGAAUCUUACAUCAAACUAAGCACGAUGAGUAGCACCACCCCAAGUCCGAUGCCCAAGACAAUCGCCAUAUGGUUCUUCUUCAGUUUCGCGUCUUCUGCCAUCCCUCCGAGUCCAGGAUUCUUUGUUGCACGAACGGGUAGUCAAAGUCGCGUCGAUGAGAUGGGCGAUGUGGUUACCAAGGUCGAAAGCGAAAUAAAAGAGCGCAAUCCAAAAAUCUUUGAUCCCAAAUUGCUAGUGAUCACAAGCUAG